GACACCCACUCCACUCUCUGGAAGAUGCAGCGGCGGGCGCCUGAGGUCGGGCCACUCAUUCGUCGUCCACAUCAUCCUCCCACGACGCCAUGGCUUCCUCUCCGCUCGCACCGCCCCGGACCUACUCGCCCCUAUUGCCCAACCUGCCGCCGCCGCCGCCUUGUGGCUGCCGCCCUCCUCGUCGCACGGCUGCGGCCGCCCGCCGGCCCGUGCGCGCGCGCGUCAGAGUGACGGCUUCAGGCGCCGGCUCGCCCCCCGCGGCGACGCCGACGAAGCGGUGCCUGAGGUGCGGCGGCCUGUACCGGGACGAGGAGAACCACCCGACCGCCUGCGCCUUCCACGGCCACGUCACAGGGGAGAAGGGGUUGUUCUCGCUGUCGCCGCCGCACCAGGGGAUCGACGGCGAGUGGAGCGACAGGAGCGGGGUCAUCGUCUACCGCUGGAACGACGAGGGGAGCCGGCCCAGCACCGGCCGCGCCAACUGGAAGAGGCGCUGGAGCUGCUGCCAGGAGCGCGACGAGGACGCCCCGCCGUGCCAGCGCGGGCGCCACGUCUCCUACGACGACGGCCACACGCUCUUCUAGCCCUCGCUCUCGCUCUUCUUGGAUGCCAAGUCACUGCUCUGUCGAGACGGCAACAAAAUCUUGGCAAGUCACUGCUCUGUCGAGACGGCAACAAAAUCUUGCUUGUAGCCUUGUACUAUAUGAAUAAGAUCACAAACUUCUUUGAUGUCAGUUAUCUUUUGUUUAGAUCACUUUGGCCGUUUGGCGCCAAUUAAUUGUAUGGUAGCCUGCUUGUCGCCAUGGCCGCAAGCAUGUCCUAGGCCCAAGGCUGCCCAGGCUCGACAGCAAAGCACAUCUUUUUUUUUAAUAAAAAAACAGAACUACAAGCUCAUCGAGUCGGGUUUAAUUCCCCGCGCGACGCGAAUAUUCCCGUCCGCUUCCGGACACAACCCCACGCUGACGCUAGCCGACUCCAAGGUCCUCGCUUCCAUUUAUCGCACUCCCUCCUCCACGGCUCUGCGCCACCGCCCACCGCUCUCGCUGGCUCACCGAGAACCGCACGCCCGCGCCUCCCCCCCCCCCCCCUCCGCUCUCGCCACCAUGGUGGUCUCCUACAAGCAGGAGCACGUGUACCGCCACCCCUGGCACCGCGUCACCGCGGCGGCGUGGCGCAAGUUCACGGACCCGGCGGCGCGCGCCGCCUCCGGGGCGCUCGCCCACAUCCUCGACGUCCACACGCUCUCCCGCGACGUGGACCGCCGCUCCGGCCGCCUCCGCGCCGUGCGCGCCAUCGCGGGCCGGACCCCGCCGCCCCCGCUCCUCCUCCGCGGCCUCCUCGCGCCGGCGCCGCCUGACUGCGGCAGCGACGUGGUCGUGCUCUGCGUCGAGCGCACGGACGUGGACGCGCCCGCGCGGGACAUGCGGGUGGCCUCCCGCAACGCCACGCUCCGGGGCCUCGUGGACGUCGAGGAGCGCUGCAGCUACGCGCCCCACCAGUAGCGGCCCGACGAGUGGACGCUGUUCCGGCAGGAGACCACCAUCCGCUGCGCACCGCUGGCCGCCGUGGCGGCCCGGGUGGCCGAGCUCGUGGAACGGCGCUGCGCGGAGAGGUUCACCAAGAAUGCGGACAAGGGGAGGGAGGUCGUGGAGAGGAUAUGCGCGGACCUCGCGGCGGAGCAGGACGCGAUUCACGAGCCAAGGUGAAAAGGCAACAAUGGCAGGGAUCUACUGUAGCCCGGUUCUUGCCAGCGUAUGCAGCCUUCGUGAUUUGUACAGUACGGUAAAAGAAAUGAGAAUGGUCAGAUUCACUGUUCAAAAAUUUUGUGUCACGAACCAAGAUUGAAAGGGCGGGGUUUUGGGGGAAAUCGGCAAUGAAUUUGGGAAUUGGGGGUACAACACGUAGGGAACCCGUGAGGAAGGCAGAGCUGUAUAUAUUACGACAGGAUUAAAGGAGUUUUCUGA